CAGCGCGGGCCCCAGGGACACCCGCCGCCCCAGCGCCGCGCACCCGCCCGCCACUCACCCACCGCCCGCCAGCCACCAUGAGCGAGGCGGCGGAGACCACCACCACCAGCACCGCCAGCCCGGCCCCACCACGACCACCGCCCCCCCCCGCCGCCGGAGCCCCCGCGCCGCCGUCGCCCGCCGCCCCGGACGCCAAGCCCAAGAGCCCUGUCAGCGCCGCCGCACCGGGCGCGGUUGCUGGUGAGGCGGCUCCCGCCGCUGCUGCCGCCGCCGCCGCCACCACAACAACAACCGGCGGGGCCGAGACGGAGAAGAAAGUGCUGGCCACCAAAGUUCUUGGCACAGUCAAGUGGUUCAAUGUCAGAAAUGGAUAUGGCUUUAUCAACAGAAAUGAUACCAAAGAAGACGUGUUUGUUCAUCAGACGGCGAUAAAGAAAAACAACCCACGGAAGUAUCUGCGCAGUGUUGGUGAUGGAGAGACUGUAGAAUUUGAUGUGGUCGAGGGAGAGAAGGGUGCAGAAGCAGCUAAUGUCACUGGUCCAGAUGGAGUCCCUGUAGAAGGCAGCCGCUAUGCUGCAGACCGGCGCCGCUAUCGACGUGGCUAUUUUGGCCGACGCCGUGGACCACCUCGAAGUGGUGGUGAGGGAGAAGUCAAGGAUGGGGUCACAGAAGGAGGACAACUUCAUCAACAAGUCAAUAGGAAUCCUACGUAUCGUCCCCGCUAUCGCAGAGGGCCCCCACGUCCACGCCCUGCCCCAGUGGCUGGAGAGGCUGAAAACAAAGAGAACCAUCAUGAGGCCAAUGCUAUGAGUCAGCAGCCACUUCGCCGUGGGUAUAGGCGCCCAUACAACUACCGGCGUCGACCUCGUCCACCCAAUGCUCCAGCUCAGGAUGGGAAAGAGACAAAGGUGACUGAAACACCUGCUGAAAAUCCUGCUCCGGUGACUGAGCAGAGUGGUGCUGAGUAAUGUCCAGCUCCCCAGGCACCUUUACGAUCCCUCAGGUGUCCUAAAAUACAACUCAAAAGUAACACCAAAGAAACACACAAGCAAUAAAUUGUCAACAGUGAUGACGAAAGCAAAGAUUUUGAAACAUCGGAACUUAAAAGAAAAAAAAAAAUUUACCAGCAGCUGAGAUCCAGGGAACGCCUGCAAGAUAGAUGCAUGAAGAGAGAAAAAGAGAGCGAGAUUCAGAAAGAGCAACCUCCCCAGUUUCAACAGCAACUGUGGGGUUUUUUGUUUUGGUUUUUUUUUUUUUUUUUUUUAGAAUUUCACUGUUUCGCUAGUAUUGAAUUUUUUCAAUUUUUCUUUUGGUAUCAAACUGAAAAGGGAAAAAAACCCAACCAAAGAACUGAAAUUGAAAUCAAAUGCUUUUUUUUUAUUGGAUGCUGGUGCUAAACCUCCCAGGUGUGAUUAUUUUUUUUUUUCUGUGCCAGUCCUGUUCACUACAGGACACGGGGAGGAGAAACUUCCGCUUUCCUUGGUAAGAUCUAUUUGAAACUGUGCAGCAUGGGUGACGUUCCUCACAAAUAAAAGUGAUUUCAACUACCAAAAAAAA